ACUUGUCACACAUCAUUAGCCAGUGAUAAUACGAUUAGAAAGUUUGUUCACUUUCAAGAAAUGGAUCACAUUACCUACAAGCUUUCCUAUGUUGCCUUGCUCUGCCUCUUGUUCCUAAGCCCUCCUUUUGUUUCCUCUGAGCUCAGUUAUAAGUUCUAUGAUUCCUCUUGUCCCAACUUGAGCAAAAUUGUUCAAGAUGGCGUUCGGUCUGCUAUUGCAAAUGAUUCUAGGAUUGCAGCCUCACUAUUGCGGCUUCACUUCCAUGAUUGCUUUGUUAGUGGGUGUGAUGCAUCUAUACUACUUGAUGAUACAAGCACUCUUAAGGGGGAGAAAAAUGCCCUGCCCAACAAAGAUUCAGCAAGAGGCUAUGAAGUGAUUGACAAAAUCAAGUUAGCCCUGGAGGAAGCUUGCCCAUGCACUGUUUCUUGUACUGACAUACUCACUCUUGCAGCAACCUCAGCAGUUUAUUUUAGCGGAGGUCCAUAUUGGCCAGUAGCAUUGGGUCGCCGAGACGGCUUAACGGCAAGCAUAGAUGCAGCAAACAACGACUUGCCAUCACCUUUUGAGCCCUUGGAAAAUAUUACUGCAAAGUUUGCUGCAAAAGGCCUUGAUUUACAAGAUGUUGUUGUCCUCUCAGGUGCACACACCAUAGGCUUUGCUCAGUGCUUCACAUUCAAGACAAGACUGUUCAACUUUGGUGACUCAGGCAAACCUGACCCUGUAUUAGACACAUCAACUUUAACAAAAUUACAAAGAGUCUGCCCAAAUCAAGCUGAUUCUGAUACCAAAUUGGCUCCACUUGAUUCUGUCACUUCCACCAAAUUUGACAACUUUUACUUCAAACGACUCGUGAACAAAUCUGGGCUUCUACAGUCAGACCAGCUUCUCAUGGGGGACAAUAGGACUGCUUCAAUGGUGAUCAGCUAUAGCAGAUUUGCAAAUCUGUUCAACAAGGACUUUGGAGCAUCAAUGGUGAAGAUGGCAAACAUAGGUGUUCUCACUGGACAAAAUGGACAGAUCAGGAGGAAUUGUAGGGUGGUGAAUUCGAAUAAAUAUUAGUGUGGUUGUAACUUGUAAGAUGAUAUUGAAAGAGUAGUAUUCUCACUAUCAUGCAUG